GUAUUUCUUUCGCUUCAUUAGUGUUUAUUUUCGCCGCUCUGUUUCCUCAGGGGUUUCUCUCGUCCCAAAACCCCAGCGAUCAAAACCAUGGAUCAACAACUCUCCAACGAAAGCCUAGAAGCGAUCUUCUCUCGCCUCAAACCCUACUGCGUCGAUCUCCUCGACCUCCUCCGAAACCCUAAGAAGCGCGCCCCCUUUCUCGUCGACAUGGCCGAUUUCCUCCGCUGCGCUCCACCCCAAGCUCUGCAGCCCUCCGUCGAGUAUACGAUGUUCCCUCUUCUGCUGCUUUUGGAUGCGGCGGUUCAGUGCAGAGCGGGGGAGAGAGCCGAUGAGCCGAUGAAAAACCUUGAUAUCAGUGAUUCCGUUGCUGAAGGAGUUUUGUUAUGCAUCGAAGAGCUUCUGAAAAAAUGUCAUCUUGGUUCUGUUAAUCAGAUGGUUGUGGUGCUGAAGAAGUUAACAUCUGGGGCUAUGCUUUCACCAAAUGAGGCAUCAGAGGAAUUUCGUGAAGGAAUUAUCAGAUGCUUAAGGGCAAUGCUUUUCAGGAUCCAGCCUUGCGCUGUGAGGUCUUGCACUUGCAAAAAACAGAUAACCUUGCCGAAAAUUAUCACUGCUUUGGAAGCACAAUAUUCCACUCCUUUGAAGUACUAUCAUGAGCCAGACGAAUGUUUGCUUGCAUUUCUUCAGUCUAGAGAUGCUUCUGCUGCUGUAGGGCAUUGGCUUUCACUUCUUCUACAAAUUGCAGAAACUGAGGUUUCUCGAGGGCAUCGUGGUAGCUCAAGUUUAAGGAUGGAAGCACUGUUAACACUUCGUGUGUUAGUUGCAAAGAUUGGUUCUGCUGAUGCCUUAGCCUUCUUUUUACCUGGCAUAGUGAGUCGCUUUUCGAAAGCUUUGCAUCUGACAAAAAGUAUGAUAAGUGGUGCUGCUGGAAGCACAGGGAGCAUUGAGCAUGCAGUUCGUGGGUUGAGUGAAUUUUUGAUGAUUGUUUUACAUGAUGAGGCAAACCUUAGUGGACUUGAGACGUCCGGCGAUCCUAUCACUGAGCUGAGUUUAAAAAGUGGAUCACCAGAGUCUGUUCUGCAGGCCCUUCGCUGUUUAGCUGUUCCUCAAUCGGAAACUUUAGCAGAACAUCCAGUACAUCAAAUGGAUGCUAUCUUUUCUUCCAAAGAAACAGUUACAAAGAACAACAACCAUGCCAAUGGUGGCACUCUAUACGUAAACCGUACGAAGCAGUGGAUAAAUAAAACUUCUGAAAAUGUUGAUAAGUUACUGUCUGUUACAUUUCCACAUGUAUGCCAUCCAAACUUUAGUAUUUGUUGUUUCUUUACUUUGGUAAAAAUAAAUAUCAGUACAGUAAUGUAUAAGGGGGUUGCUAGAAAGUUGCAGUUUUACUUUGAAGAUAAGCAAACUAAUGCUUUUGCUGCACAUGAGUCACUUCAAUCACUAUUCAUGUCAGUCAAGAAGUUCUUAAAAGAAAAUGAGGUUUCUCAUUUGUUUACCAGCCUCAUUGAGAGACUUCCCAAGGUCGUACUUGGAAGCGAGGAAACAGCUGCCAUCUCACAUGCUCGGAGAGUACUAGCGUUCAUGUAUUAUGCUGGUCCACAGCUUGUAGUGGACCACCUUUUUUGUUCACCUAUAAAAGCUGCUCGUUUCUUGGAGUGCCUGAGGCUAUCACUGAGUCCUAGUUCACAAUUUUCUGGUCCUGUUGAUAAACUUAUUUUAUCUAAGCCACUCUCUGUUGGAUACUUACUGUCUGUUGCUGAGUUGAAAGCUGGUGUUCUCACUGGUGAUGCAAGCUGUGGUAUUGGAGCAGUUGCAAGACCUGUCUCAGAUCUGUCUGUUUCGGAAGAUAAGGACUCACAACAUCUUCUAGAUAAUGCAGACACUGGUUAUGAGCUCCCUCACAUGCCCCCUUGGUUUGUAAAUAUUGGUAGCGAGAAAUUAUACACGACUGUUGCCGGAAUACUGAGGCUUUCGGGUUUAUCUAUAAUGGCAGGGAACAUCAGUGAUGUAUCCUUAUCAGUUAUUGCAGAUAUUCUUCUAGAAUAUUUGCGCAAGCUGGUUUUGGAGCUGAGAAUGAAGGAUUAUAACAAAGAAGCUUGGCAAGUUUGGUAUACUCAAAGUGGUUCUGGACAACUGCUGAGGCAAACAAGCUCUGCAGUUUGCAUGCUGAAUGAGAUAAUUUAUGGACUCUCUGAUCAAUCAGUCAACUUAUAUUCACAACUAUUCAGGACGUCUGAGGCAGAAGUUGAAAAUCGGCAAACCAGAUUUAUUUGUGAUGAUUCAACUUGGAAAAUUCACAAUAAGAAGGAUGCUAUGGACCAUAUAAUUCAUUGUAUUGGAAGCAUUUUGCAUGAAUAUCUCUCUCCUGAAGUGUGGGAUCUGCCAGCAGAUCAAAGCUCACCUUUGCUGCAGCAAGACGCAGAAAUGUCAUUGUCCUUGCAUUUUUUCCGUGAUAUCACUAUGCUCCACCAGGAAAUAUAUCAAGGGAUAGGAAUCUUCAGCAUGGUUCUUGGACCAGAUUUUGUAUCCAAUGGAUUUAUGCACUCUACUCUUUAUUUAUUACUUCAAAAUCUUAUCUGUUCAAGUUGUCAAAUAAGAAUUGCUUCAGAUGCUGUCCUACGGGUGCUUGCUUGUACAUCCGGCCAUCCUUCCGUAGGACAUUUGGUUGUGGAAAAUGCUGACUAUAUUAUUGAUUCUCUAUGUCGGCAAUUGCGACACUUGGAUCUUAAUCCCCAUGUUCCUGGUGUAUUUGCUGCAAUUCUUUCCUACAUUGGUUCUGCUCAUGAAAUCCUACCAUUAUUGGAAGAGCCGAUGCAAGCUGUUUCUUCGGAGCUGGAGGUUCUUGGUAGGCACCAGCACCCUCACUUAACAAUCCCAUUUCUAAAGGCCAUAAAUGAGAUUACCAAGGCUUCAAGGUUAGAGUCUUGCAAGCUGACCCAGAAGGCUGAGUCAUUUUAUGGAUAUGUCAAAGUGGAGAUUACCGACAUUUCUGAAGCAACAGACAGCAGAAACAACAUUAACCUUCAUUUGGAGCACUUAGAAGAAUUAUUACUUCAGCUGAAUGAGAUGAGAAGGUAUCGACGAAUAGUUGGAUCUCUCACUGGAUCGUGUUUAAAGGCUUCAAUACCUUUGCUUUCUUCUUUGAAGGAAUCAGCUUGCCUCCUAGCACUAAAUAUAAUAGAGGAUGUUACUAUAUCUCUUUCAAAAGUCGAAGAAGGCUAUAAACAUGAGAAAGAAACCAAAAUCGCAAUUGAGAAAGCAAUGCAGUUAGCUUCAUCCACUGAUCUCCAGGAGGACAUGGAUAUUGGAGAUGGUGAAGCCGAUGAGAACAGAUUGCUCCCAGCAAUGAACAAGAUCUGGCCUUAUCUGAUUCUCUGCAUGAAAAAUAAAGUUUCAGUGGCUGUUAUUACUAGAUGCAUAAGUGUACUUAGCAGAGCAGUCCAAAUAUCAGGAGGAAGUUUCUUCAUCCGCCGGUUCCAUAGUGAUGGGUCCGUCAUCUGGAAACUGCUAGCCUCGUCACCAUUUCGGAGACCUACGCCAUCGAAAGGUGAUAAACAAAUACUUCUUCCAUACAGGAGCGCUCAGUCUUCAGAAGAUGCAUUUGCCGAAACUUCCAGCCUAAAGAUGCAAAUUGCAAUUUUAAACAUGAUAGGGGAGUUAUCUUCUAAUACGAAAAGUGCACCAGCCAUUGAAGCGGCACUCAAGAAGGUUGCUGGUCUUGUAGUUGGGAUUGCAUGCAGUAAUGUGGUUGGUCUCCGUGAUGCCUCGAUAAAGGCAUUGUCUGGACUUGCUUGCAUUGACCCGGAUCUUAUCUGGCUUCUUCUGGCUGACGUUUACUACUCGUCGAAAAAUAAGAACAUGCAUAGACAACAACCACCAACAUCAGAUCUACCUGAGAUGAGCCAACUUCUACCUCCUCUGUUAUCUCCUAAGGACUACUUGUACUUGCAGUAUGGUGGAGAGAGUUCGGGCUUUGAUCUUGAUUUCUCGUCAGUAGAUUUUGUGUUUCAAAAGAUGCAGGGUGGAGAGUUGACCUGAUAAAUUGUAUGUCAUCCAAAGCUGGCACUGUUGUAACUUUUGUGUAUAUUCUAUAAAUUUAUAUAUUUAUAAAAUUUUGUACAGAUUUCUGA